CGUAUGUAUCUUUCACUCGCGCAGUCAUGUCCUACUUCGUCUUCUUCUCAUCUUUCUCUCUCUCUCCGUUUACGAGAUCAACCUUUGUCGCAGCGAAAUCUCAAAGUUUCCUAUCACAUGGCCAACUUUGAUGGGCCAGGGUUCGCUAUGGUCGACGGUUACUGGAUCCAGACCAAAGCCAUCGACGUCGAAUCCUCAACCGACAUCUCUCCAUACCUCUCCCGUCUCCUAGAAGACUGCGUCUGGAACGGUAACAGAGCCAUAGUCUUCGACCUCUACUGGGACGUCAAAUCUCUCGACGCAAAGUCAGAGUGGCGUCUCUCCUCUGUGAAGCUAAGCACCAAGAACUUCUGCCUCUUCCUCCGCCUCCCAAACCCCUUCACCGACAAUCUCAAGGAUCUCUACCGCUUCUUCGCUUCCAAGUUCGUCACGUUCGUCGGCGUCCAGAUCGAGGAAGACCUUGUUCUGCUUAAGGAGAAUCACGGGAUUGUGAUCAGAAGCUCCUUGGAGAUUGGGAAGUUAGCUGCUAAAGCUAGAGGGACUCCGAUCGUUGAGUUUCUUGGGACGAGAGAGUUGGCUCAUAAGAUACUUUGGUAUGAUAUGAGCAGGCUUGAUUCGAUUCAGUCUAAGUGGGAUGAAGCUGGGGGUAAUGAUCGUCUCGAAGCUGCUGCUAUUGAAGGUUGGCUUAUUUACAAUGUAUAUGAUCAGUUGCAGCAGUGAGAUGUUGUGGUUCGUGGAGGACACACUUGUUGAGUACUUGAUCAAAUGGAUUUGUGAGAUUGCUUGCACUUGGUUGGUUCCAGUUUGAGCAUUUUGAUCUCUUUGUGGGUUGUUAUGAGUGAACAAAAUAAUGUCUGAAUAAAAUAAAAACUUGUUAUGAACAA